AGCACAUAAAAACAAAACCAACCACAUCAUCAAUAAAAAUAAAAUAUUACACGACACAAUGCAUCAUCAGCUUCCAGCCUCCUGCUACACUUCUGCCAGCUCCUUUCCUCUGUCUCUAUUUCUCUUCGAUCCGCACUUCACUGUUCUGUUUUUUUUUUAAAAAAAAAAACAUUAUACUAUUUGUACGCUUAGCAACUCAUCUCUCCCUCGAUUCUCGUUAACUACUAUUACGAAAAAUAGUCAAAAAGGCUGCUUUGAUGCUUUUCCAUCUAAUUUUUUCAAGUCAAAUCUCUCAACAAAAUCACAAAUCUGCCGCCUCCCUCUCUCUCUUCUUCGGCAACUCCCAUUUCCAUUCUUUCCAUUUCCAUCUCCCUUUCCAUGUACUGUAGGCUAUAACAGUUACCUUUCCUUCCUCAAAUGUCCCUUCUUUUUUUCUUCAUUAUCUUCACUUUUUCACCACUAUGUUUUGCUCAAAGCAAUACCCAACAACAACCAUGUCCUUUAAACUUCACUAUCCUCCGUCCCAUCCUCCCUAACCCCAGGCCUCGUCUCAACACCUCCAUGGAAUGCCACUAUGUUCGUCAGGGUCUCCGCCUUGUCCUUUCCGACUACCUCAAACGCACCGAUUCCUUCUACCCUCCUUUAAACACCGCCGAGUCCUGUUGGCAAUCUUACCAAUCCCUCGACCCCACCUUCGACAUGCGUUCCAGUUGUGGUUUCCAGACCGAUUGGAUCUCUCAAGGUUGCAUGAACUUAACCACCAGGGCUGAUUUUGAAGCUUUGAUCCCCAACGCCACCUUAUCCGAUGUCGUUUCGAAUUGUAACCAGUCGUUGCAGGGCUCGGCUUGUGCUUCUUGUACUCGAAGCUUGGCCAAUGUGCAAGCUUUGUACUUGACCGACAAUUCAGUAGCAAACGUCUCCGACUGCACCGCUUACCCGUCUAUUUACGCGGCUGCUUUCGCUAAUUACCCUGGACCAACCGAUGAAGCCACCGCCUCUUGUUUAUUCUCGGUUGAUUUUAGCACAAAUAACAAUCGUAAAAGUAACAGACUUGGUCUGAUUUUGGGUGUUUUGAUUGGUGUUAGCGUUGGUUUAACUGUUUUGAUUGGUGGGUCUUGGUUUGCUUAUAGAAAAUACCAGGAUUCAAAGAGAAAGAAAGGGAAAGACAGAAUCAGGAGCCUCGAGAUGGGUGGUGCUGGUGGUGCUGGUUUGUCUUCCAUUACUGAGAGUACCAAUUUGAUUCGCUUUACCUUCGAUGACAUCAAGGAAGCCACUAGGAAUUUCUCGAGAGACAACAUUAUUGGCAAAGGAGGGUAUGGUAAUGUGUACAAAGGUUACUUACCUGAUGGCUCUGAGGUUGCUUUCAAAAGGUUCAAAAACUGUUCUGCCGCUGGUGAUGCCAAUUUCACACAUGAAGUUGAGGUAAUCGCCAGUGUUAGGCAUGUGAACCUUGUUGCUUUGAGGGGAUAUUGUACAACCACCACCACGUUAGAAGGUCACCAAAGGAUAAUCGUUUGUGAUUUAAUGAAGAACGGUAGCUUGUACGAUCAUCUGUUUGGUUCCAUGGAAAGGAAACUCAGUUGGUCAAUGCGUCAAAAGAUUGCACUAGGAACAGCUAGGGGAUUGGCUUAUUUACAUUACGGAGCACAGCCAGCAAUCAUUCAUAGGGAUAUCAAAGCGAGUAACAUACUUCUGGAUGAUAAGUUUGAGGCCAAGGUAGCUGAUUUUGGACUAGCAAAGUUCACACCAGAAGGAAUGACACAUUUGAGCACCAGAGUAGCUGGAACAAUGGGGUAUGUUGCCCCUGAAUAUGCUUUGUAUGGUCAAUUGACCGAGAGAAGCGAUGUGUAUAGCUUCGGCGUAGUGCUUCUCGAGUUGUUGAGUGGAAAAAAGGCACUCACGAUGACUGAUGAUAACCAGCCUUCUCUAGUGGCUGAUUGGGCAUGGUCAUUGGUUAAGUCUGAGAGAGCUUUGGAUGUUAUUGAAGAUGGCAUGCCGGAGUUAGGGCCACCAGAGGUUCUUGAGAAGUACGUGUUGGUCGCGGUCCUUUGCUCGCAUCCGGAGUUACAGUGCCGGCCAACCAUGGAUCAAGUAGUAAAAAUGUUGGAAACAGAUGUUUCAGUUCCCUCAAUCCCUGAACGACCAAUUCCUCUGGUGGCUCAUAUCGAUGACAUUGAGAAAUCGAUAAGCAGUAAUGGCUCGGGUCAUCUCUCUGGUUUGGCUGGCUAUCAAAUAUUUACUUGUGAAAGCAGUCAUCAUUCAGGUAGUAAGGAGGAAGGGACAAGUUUAGGCGCUAUUGAAUAGAGAAAGCUUCCCCGAUUGGUAUGCUCACCCUGAUUUUGAAUGGUUUAGAUUUUGUGCUUCACCAGUUUUAGAAUUGCAUAUGAUGUUGUAAAGAUUCAUUAAUAGUUUCACAGUCACGUUAGGUUCAUUUGAAUUCAAAUGAUAUAUGGGGCACAUAAGUGCUUGCCACAUUUGUAUGUACAGCAACUUCCUCUAGAACAUCAAAUUGAUUUGUUCACCAAAUGAUGCUUAUUGUUUUUUCAUUUUCUGGAAAUUCCUGUAUAUACAUGUAUGUCAUGUUUUUGCCAAUCUGUGGCAUGGAGUUUUGGUCUUAUGAAGAAAGAAUUUGAUUGUUAUGUAAUGCAAGAAUUUGAUUUCUAGACCUUGUUGCCUAAUAUGUAGCUCUUUGCAAGUUCUAAUAAUUCUGCUUAAUUAAUUUCCAUAUAUAUUUAUGUAUAUAUGUAUGUAUGUAAGUCUUCAUUCAAAGAUUGUUACAUGACCACAAAAUGAUCGAGAGAGAGAGAGAAGGCCGGCCUAGUGAAAAGGACCACAAACGGCCUAGCAAGAAAGGCCAUAGACAGCCAAGUGGAAAAGACCGCAGAUGGUCUGGCAAACAAUGCUUAGCCAGCCAGCGUCCUUGACACCACGAGCUUCUUUCCCAAACACACUGGAGAGGAAGUCACUCCAACAGAAAGGAGAAGACAGCCGCUGGGGAAGAAGCCAAGUGUGGUGACGGCAACCUCAGAGGUCCUUUAGGCCGACAGCAGAGGCAGGGAGAACGGAGAAGAGAAACACGAGAUGGCCGAAAGCAAGAAUAGAAGACCUUUUUGAUAGCUUCUUUUAUAUAAAGGAAAAACGGUAUAUCGUAUUCCCGUAUGACGUAUCGAAUGCGACUAUCGAACAUGAGAGUUUGAGCAACAUAGCAGUGGAGAAGAGUGAUAUUUUACAGAUUUGGCUUUAGCAAUGCCGCAUCUGGUGUGAACCAAGGAAGCAUCAUUGUAGUUGAGGAGUCAUGGUUUAAGAAUUUACUGAAGAUGGUUGACUGAAUAUAUUAUAAAUAUGAAGAAGCAGAUAAGACGGCCCUGAGGUGGUUUUUUUCUUGUGUCUGGUCUUAGACUUGACCAACCACGAUUGUAAGCGUGAAUUCAAACGUCUUAAAGUUGACUAGUCAAAGCAAAAAACGGUGGCUGAUAAUAAUAAUUAAAGAAUGAUGACUGAUA